UCCUCUUUUUUUUUUUUUUUUUCCCUUUCUCCCUACUCCAUCCGUCGACCGCUUCUUUUUCUUCAGUCUCCACGGCCCCCGAAUUGGAGCUCUCUAGCACCACAAGCUGUCACCGCGUCAGGGGUUGCUAAUUAACUCCUCUGACCCUCCCCGAUCAUCCUUUCGUUUAUACCCUUUCGUCAGUUCCCACCGGAGAGGUCCCGCUCCUAUCUAUCACUCCGCCAGUGAUCCCCGUCCAUUCCUUUGGGUCUUCCAUCUUGCUUCCAGAUCUCCCAUUCCUACAUGACUGCCCCCUUCCCCCUCCUUUCAUUCUUUUAUACAUUCCACUUCGCACAUCUAAUCGAUCGCACCCCUCCUUCUCCUCCUACCUCAUCCCACUUCUCCCCCUCCACAUUUACCGUCCACAUCUCCCGUCCGUCCAUGGGAUAGUCCUACCCUCACGCCUCAUCCUGGAACAUCCCCUUCAAUAUACACGUCGAAUGAUGACCACUGGCCUCAUCUAAUCCCUCUCCCUUCCGAGUUCCAUUGGAAGAGUCCUCUCUUCUUCCUCCCUGCCGACUCCGGUCUUUCUUGGUUCAUCUGCAGGCAGAUCAUCACAGACGAAAGAAGGAAACGAAAGAUAGAAAAGGAGCGUCAUAAUGGCCGUCACCUUUGAACCCUCUCCCACCCGGAGCACCGCUCCCACCUCAGUGGCUUCGCUCGAAGAUCGAUUCGAAGUCAUGAAGGAGGUGGGAGACGGCAGCUUCGGGAGUGUGGCCGUCGCUCGAGUACGAACCGCUGGCUCGAACAUCGCACGACGCGGAACCAUGGUUGCUAUCAAAACAAUGAAGAAGACCUUCGACUCGCUGACCCCGUGUCUGGAGCUGCGGGAAGUCAUCUUCCUCCGUACUAUCCCCUCCCAUCCCCACCUCGUCCCCGCGCUGGACAUCUUCCUCGACCCUCUCUCCCGCAAACUGCACAUCGCCAUGGAGUAUAUGGAUGGAAACCUCUAUCAGUUGAUGAAGGCCCGCGACCACAAGUGCCUCGAGGGCAAGCACGUCAAGAACAUCCUCUUCCAGAUCUUGUCUGGUCUCGAUCACAUCCAUGCCCACCGCUUCUUCCACCGAGAUAUCAAGCCCGAAAACAUCCUGGUGUCGACCUCGGCCCCCAACGACUCCGCCUUCAGCCGCUACUCCAACCUCGUCACCCCUCCCUCCACCCCGCCCACCUACACCGUCAAGAUUGCCGAUUUCGGUCUGGCGCGUGAAACCCACUCCAAACUCCCCUACACCACAUACGUCUCGACCCGAUGGUACCGAGCACCGGAGGUCCUGCUCCGCGCCGGACAGUACUCGGCCCCCGUCGACAUGUGGGCCGUCGGUGCCAUGGCCGUCGAGAUUGCCACCCUGAAGCCACUCUUCCCCGGUGGGAACGAGGUCGACCAAGUAUGGCGCGUCUGCGAGAUCAUGGGCAGUCCGGGCAACUGGUACAGCAAAUCGGGCGCCAAGAUUGGCGGCGGUGAAUGGCGCGAUGGCUCCCGUCUGGCCCAGAAGCUAGGCUUCACCUUCCCCAAAAUGGCGCCGCACGCGAUGGAGAGCAUCCUCCCCUCGCCCCAGUGGUCCCCGGCCCUGAGCCAUUUCGUCACCUGGUGUCUCAUGUGGGACCCCAAGCACCGCCCGACCUCCAAGCAGGCCUUGAACCACGAGUACUUUGCGGAUGCGGUGGAUCCCUUGCGCCCGCGGUCGUCAACCGCCCGUCUGGUGAGCCGCAAGCACUCCGAGAAGGUGUUCAAGUCGCCGACCCGCGACCUCGUCGACGCCCCUGGUCUCUCGUCGAAGCCGUCCUGGUUCCGCCGCUCGCUGAUCGGGAAGACCGAGAACACCACGACCGCCAUGGACAUUGACCAGCCGCCUAAGCAGCAGCCCGUCGUCUCCUACAAUGUGCCGUCCGAGGCCCACACGACCACCACCACCACCACCACCACUACCACCCGACCCGCACCACAGAAGCGGGCCACGUGGGCCAACGGCGCCCCCAUGCCCAUUCUGCCCUCUAUCCGCCCCGUCUCACCGCUGUCGAACGCGGUCACGGCGCAGGCGAACUCGUCGCUCACCGCGGGCGACGGGAAGAGCAAGAAGAUCGGGCGACAGCUCUCGGUCAACUCUCAUGGCAAUCAUUACGCCGACACCCACCGACAGGAAGCCGAGCGCAUGCUCAACGGCGGCGCCCACAACACCCCAGGCUCCGGCCAGCGGGAAAGCUUCUUCUCCCACCUCCGCAAGCGCGCUCGCCGACUGUCCGGCCGCAACCAGGCGCAUUCGUCGGGGGAAGAGGCAGAGGGCAAUGCCGGUUGCAUGCCGUGGUCGAACCGGUCGUCCCUCGCCCUGGAUUCCGCCAGUGGGUCCGACGCCAAGCAGAACGAUCUCUCGGAGCUGGAUAAGGCCCUACAGGGGGUCAAGUGCUCCCUGGAUUCGACGGCGCUCGGCAACGUGCCCGUCCCGAUUACCACGACGAUCGAAGGUGGCAAGCGCCAGUCGAUGCCCCACGGUUCCAUUCGCUCCAUGGGCGAUAGCCCGGUGUCGACCAGCAGCACGAGUGCGCCCCUCUCGAGCCGCACGCGACGUGCUAUGCAGAUGUCCUCGCACCCCGUCCACCGGUACGAGACCCCCGAGGAGGAGGACGAGCUGCUUGACGAGGUGCUGCACUCUACCAGCAAGGCAGCCAAGCGCCUGGCGCAGACGCAGAAUUCCUCGGACGGCUCGUCCAACUACAGCCGUCAGCCAAUGCCAAACGACAGCUCGCGGACCCUGCCGAGCCCGUACCCCACUCCCUCCCCGUCAGCGCGGUGUGACGGCGUCUCGUUCGGCCAGGACACGACGCCCUGCCGGCGGGAUGAGAAGGCGACCUACCCCAAUCGCCAAUGGCCCACGCCUCCUUACGAAGAAGGCGACUGGGCGCAUCCGGCCCCGUCCCACCUGCUGGCUGGCCCUACCUACCGGUAGUCAGUCUCCCCUCGACUAUCUAUUUCACAUUCUUCUGCCAUUUACACAUCACUCGGUGGUCCGGCGAUUUCACCCAAGGCGUACGGAUCUGGUGUCUUAUAUUGUGUUAUCUGUGUUAUUUCUUUCUUAUGUGGGCUGCGUUCUUGUUUAUCAUCCCUACUUAUAGGGCGGUAUCGCGUCUUCUUGCUUUCAUACCCCAAAGGCCAUCAAUAGAU